GAGAGAGAUGAACUCGACUUGCAGGGACUGCAUACGACUCGACAGUCCGUCACAGACGCGCUGUGCAAACACGCCUUUGAGGCGAGCAAACACACCAUUGAAUGCGGAACUAACGUGAACUUGACGAAGAACCCGCUGAAACGCGUAGUUUCGCAUUCCAUUGAUGGAAUGACAUAUACGUUUUUUUUAUAGACAAACAGGUCUUUUGGACUUCAAUUUGUAAAUUCGAGUCGGUGGACCCAUCUGCGAAGUGAGGGAUGGAGUUCAGUAGGAGACGAUGCUGCUGCCCAGUUGCCAGGGUUACCGGCGUGGUGCUGCUGCUGUCAGUCCUAGUUUUCCGGGAGUCUGCAGUGCUGGUGAGGGGUGGAACAUGACUCUGUCUGUCCCGCGCUCUGUGAAGUGUCCCGUGGGGCGGGACUGCAUCCUGAACUGCACCUUCGACUACAGAGCUGGAGAAGGAGGAGGAGGAGGCUGGGACGAGAGGUCAGCUGUAAGCUGGACAAGACAAGAUUUACUCAGGAAUGUUCAUGGUUACUACAACAACGAGGACACGCUGUCCUAUCAGCACCGUCAGUACAAGGGCCGGACGUGCCUGUUCGUUUCUGAGAUCCCGCGCAGGAACGCGUCACUGCUGCUGCGGAGAGUGACGGAGGGGGACGCAGGGAUUUACGAGUGUCUGGUUUACUCUCCUGAACGGCAUGGGUCUGGUCUGACUGAGCUAGUCCCGGCUCUACCCCAGCUGAAACCCUCCUGGCCGGUUCCUCUUGUUGUUGCUGUUGUUGGUCUCCUGGUUCUUGUAAUCGCAGGUCUUUAUCUGUAUAAGAAACGUGCUGCUUGUUGCUGGAGACCCAGCGGUGCAGCUCAGAGCACUCGCUACAGUGCAGCACAGACAGGGACAGAGAGAGAUCAGCACAGUGCAGCACAGACAGGGACAGAGAGAGAUAAGCACAGUGCAGCACAGACAGGGACAGAGAGAGAUCAGCACAGUGCAGUACAGACAGGGACAGAGAGAGAUCAGCACAGUGCAGCACAGACAGGGACAGAGAGAGAUCAGCACAGUGCAGCACAGACAGGGACAGAGAGAGAUCAGCACAGUGCAGCACAGGUAGGGACAGAGAGAGAUCAGGACAGUGCAGCACAGACAGGGACAGAGAGAGAUCAGCACAGUGCAGCACAGACAGGGACAGAGAGAGAUCAGCACAGUGCAGCACAGACAGGGACAGAGAGAGAUCAGCACAGUGCAGCACAGACAGGGACAGAGAGAGAUCAGCACAGUGCAGCACAGACAGGGACAGAGAGAGAUCAGCACAGCGCAGGACCACCAGAGACAGAACGGGACAGUGCAUAACCAACCAGGACAGAGAGAGAUCAGGACAGUGCAGCACCCACAGGGUCAGAGAGAGAUCAGCACAGACAGGGACAGAGAGAGAUCAGCACAGUGCAGGGCAGACAGGGACAGAGAGAGAUCAGCACAGUGCAGCACAGACAGGGACAGAGAGAGAUCAGCACAGUGCAGGGACAGAAAGAGAUCAGCACAGUGCAGCACAGACAGGGACAGAGAGAGAGAGAGAGAGAUCAGGUUCCACUUUUUUUCUCUGCUACGUGUAAAGGUGUUACCAUGAAUUCAGUGCCCCCUAGGAUUCAUGUAUCCCCAGUGGAUGUGCGCAUGCGCUUGCAAAAACCUUGCGAUCUGCCAACGGGAGCGUGUGAUUCCUCGCUCACGACGCAAAGCGCGUAACCUGUCAUUGUAAUCCAUGACUAGACUGUAGAGCAGCGCCUGCUGCAACGUGAACGUGCGGUCAGCUGAAAACGGGAGCGAGUUUAUUGCUUCUGGACGGAAGAUGUUUGUGUAAGCUUGUGAUUUCAGUGAUUCUACAUCCAGAAUAGAUUGUUUAAAUACACUAACAACAACAACAACAACUAUAUAUUGUGUUUCUUGAAAUGUGUAUAAAUGAGCUAGUUACUUACUCUUAUUAGGACAGAAGUAUUGUAUGUACUCUUGCUGUAUUGUGAUGAUCGAACUGUACGUGUAUAUAUUUUAGUUAAAGUUGCUUUUGCCAGGACUGAAGUUAUUGUACAUUUUACCUGCUCUUACUGUAUUGUGAAAUAUGUAUAUUUUGUGACAACUGUAAGUCUCCCUGGGUAAGGGCGUCUAAGAAAAUUAAUAACAAAAACAACACAACGGUAAUUAAAUGAAGUCUUGUGACGAAUUGUACCAGUAUGUUUCACAGACCACAAUAAACAAAUUGAAACAC